GGAUUUGUAACUUGGUCCCACCUCAUAAAUAUGGAUGCCCUCAAACCCAAAGCAAGCAGCAAGGUUGCCACACGGGCAACAGGGUCUGCCAGUCCCCGCAAGGGUCCGCCGAAGUUUAAACAGAGGUCAACCCGCCAGUUCAAAAGCAAACCCCCAAAGAAGGGUGUUAUUGGAUUUGGUGAAGACAUUCCUGGAAUGGAGGGUUUAGGAACUGAUUUUAAUGUGAUCUGCCCUUGGGAGGCUUACAGUCACCUGGAGUUACAUGAGCUGGCUCAGUAUGGUAUUAUAUGA